AUGUCUCUCAAUUACAUCAAGAACUUCUAUGAAGGAUGUAUCCAACCUCCAACAACCGUUGGCCAAUGUCACGCCCUUUUCUGUGGGUCAGUCCGCAUGUGUUUCCUUGGGGUGCUGGGGUUUGCAGUCUAUGGGAAUGAGGCUCUGCACUUCAGCUGUGAUCCAGACAAGAGGGAAAUCAAUCUCGUCUGCUACAAUCAGUUCAGGCCAAUCACUCCACAAGUGUUCUGGGCAUUACAACUAGUGAUCGUCCUGGUUCCGGGAGCUAUUUUCCAUCUUUAUGCCGCAUGUAAAAGCCUCGACCAAGAAUGCAUUCUUCAAAAGCCCGUUUACACCGUCACAUAUAUCCUUUCUGUUUUACUAAGAAUUACUCUUGAGGCGAUAGCAUUCUGGCUGCAGAUUCACCUCUUUGGUUUCCAGGUAACGUCUCUGUACCUGUGUGACACUAGCUCUCUGAAGGGAAAACAUGACACCAUAACAUGCAUGGUGCCGGAGCACUUUGAAAAGACCAUUUUUCUCAUCGCCAUGUAUACCUUUACUGUAAUUACAGUAGUCUUAUGUGUUGCCGAGAUUUUUGAGAUCAUAUUCAGAAGAUUAUGCAUUCUAACUAGGCAAUGA